AACACCCUAAAAUCAUAAUUUGUUCCAUUACCAAAACAAAAUCAUGGAUCAUUACCCCGAAGUCAGUGUUGACGAGCGCGAAUGUCCAGACUCAAGGAUUUCUUCUCGUCACGACUCUGUGUCCUCUGUGGCCAAAGCAGCCGCUGCACAUCAAAACCCGUCACAGAACCAGACAAAGCAAAACGCACCUCAGAGAUCGCUAUCAUACCAUUCUUUCCCCUCUCCUUCGACACACGUUUCGGACCACGCCUCGUCUCGCUCCAACUCGAGUUCGUCUACCGACCCCAACACUCAGCGCAUCGAAGCACAGUAUGUGCGGUAUACGGAUGCUCCGCCCCCUUAUAGCGCAGAACAGUACAAGGGCAAGUCGCCAGACGAACAGAACAACAUGAGGAUGAAGGACUAUGCAAAGGAGGUUUCGAGGAUGAUGACACGGCAGCUUGUAAGGGGGCUGAAGGCCGAGGAAAGGGAGAAGGUGAAGAAGCAAAGAACAAAGUGAUUGGGCUGGCCCUGUACUAUACUGUAUAUGUGUGUGAUUAGCGUAGCGAUGGCGUUUGGUUAUGGUUCCUGGAAGCGGCUGUGAGAGAUUUGAUGUCUUUCUGUUGUAUAUCACAGUUUUGGAGGUCACAAAAUACCCACAAAUCAUAUUCCUUG